UUCAAAUUCUCCCUCUUCUCUCUCUUCCCAACGGCUACUCUCUCUCUCUCUAACUUCUUCACUCAGACAUAGAGCUUCUUUCACCAUACUUCAGUCUUCACGAUGAAGAAUUUCAUGGCGCCUAGAAAUCAGAUCAUGAGAGAGAACAAUGAAAACAUUGCAGCAUCACCGAACCCUAAAUCGAAGCCGACUACGCCGAACCCUAAUCGGAAGCUCAAAUCCAGCAAAGAGAAUGCACCUCCGACGCCGGCGUCGGAUCCGAAUUCAAUGGCGCCGCCUCCAUCCCCGGCCAAGCUGAAGAGCGCACUCCCGCCGCGUCCGCCUCUCAAGCGCAAGCUCAGCAUCGAGUCUGCGGCAGCUGAUAACGCUGCGCCUGCCGCGAAUUCAUUGGAUUCCGGCGUGAAGGUGAUUGUGCGUGUGAGGCCACCAAACACUGAGGAAGAAGACGCAGGGGGUGUAAUUCAGAAAAAAUCCCUAGAUUCGUUAACAAUAUCAGGUCAAACAUUUACGUUUGACUCAAUAGCUGAUAUUCAUUCAAAACAGAGUGACAUAUUCGAGCUUGUAGGUGCACCACUGGUUGAGAAUUGUCUUGCGGGAUUUAAUAGCUCCGUCUUUGCAUAUGGACAGACUGGAAGUGGGAAGACGUACACGAUCUGGGGUGCAUCCAAUGCCUUGUUGGAGGAAGAUGGGCAAGGCCUAGCGCCACGUGUGUUUCACCGACUCUUUGAACGGAUUGAUGAGGAACAGAACAAGCAAGCUGACAGAGACCUGGUUUAUAUGUGUCGCUGCUCUUUCCUUGAGAUCUAUAAUGAACAAAUAACGGAUUUAUUGGAUCCAAGCCAGAAGAACCUUCAGAUUAGAGAAGAUGCAAAAACUGGUGUUUAUGUCGAAAAUUUAAGAGAGGAGUGUGUAUCUUCAAUGAAGGAUGUGUCACAACUGCUGAUAAAGGGAUUGUCAAACCGGAGAACCGGCGCUACAUCUGUAAAUGCAGAAAGUUCUCGUUCUCACAGUGUUUUCACUUGUUUGGUUGAAUCACGUGGCAAGAGUGCAGCUGAUGGUUUAACCCGGUUGCAAAUGAGCAGAAUCAAUUUUGUUGAUCUUGCUGGUUCUGAGAGACAAAAGCAAACAGGUGCAGCUGGAGAACGCUUGAAGGAAGCAGGGAACAUUAACCGUUCGCUUUCGCAGCUAGGGAAUUUAAUAAAUAUUCUGGCAGAAGUUUCCCAGACAGGAAAACAAAGGCACAUUCCUUACAGGGAUUCAAAGUUGACUUUCCUGCUACAGGAAUCACUUGGAGGGAAUGCAAAGUUGGCGAUGAUAUGUGCCAUUUCUCCAUCUCAAAGCUGUAAGAGUGAGACUCUCAGUACUCUGCGAUUUGCCCAAAGAGCUAAAGCAAUCAAGAACAAAGCAAUUGUUAAUGAGGAGAUGCAGGAAGAUGUAAAUGUGUUGAGAAAAGUCAUUCGGCAAUUGAGAGAUGAAUUGCACCGAAUGAAGUCCAAUCAAGAUCAAACUGGAGCUAAUGCAACUGGCUGGAAUGCUAGGAGAAGUUUGAAUCUCCUAAAGUUCAGCCUCAACCGGCCAAUGAUGUUGCCUCGUGUUGAGGAUGAUAGUGAUGAAGAAAUGGAAAUAGUGGAUACAGAUGAAACAAUGUCGUUGAUCUGUGAAGAAACAUGUGCCUCAUCUCCUGAACGAGGGUCAGGAGAUGCAGAUGUUGAUAUGGAAGAUGAAUCUACUGUCAUAAACAAUAGGAUAACAGGGAACCCAGAGAUAUCUCCUGAGACAAUGUCAGAGAUACCAUCGGAGGAUGGUAUGGGUGGACAGCCUGAAAAUGGAGAUCUUGCAUCCUUAGUUUGUGAAAAUUUGCCUGAUAAUGGUAUUUCAAUCACUCCUGUGGAUCAACGCACCUCGCCAAAUAAUUUUGAAGAUAGAGCAAAUACAUGUGAUAUGUCCACAAAAUGCAAUGAAGAUGCUACUGCUUCUGAUCUUGGUAUUAUUCCAAUUGAUGUGCCACCUGUUCUAAAGUCACCUGCUCCUAGUCUUUCACCCAGAGUGACCAGUAGCAGGAAAAGUCUCAGGUCCUCAUCGACCAUAACUGCUUCUCAGAGUAACUUCAAUGCUUCUAAUGCAUCUGUUGCAAAGCCUGCCAGUAACAUCCUUUUGAACUCUCAAUCUACUAGAAAAUCUUGCUUUGCUUCAACCGAACAGUUAGCUGCUACUCUCCAGCAAGGACUUGAAAUAAUCCAGAGUCAGCGCCUUACUCCUGCAAUGCGACGCUCAUCAUUUAGAUUCUCUUGCAUGCCAGCUGAUUUUAAAGCAGUCGUACCUGUUGUCAAAGUUGAUGUUGGUGUUCAAACACUUUCUCAUGAUGAAAAAUCAAUAGACAAGGAUACAGAAGAAUUCCUAUGCAGUAAGUGCAUGACUAGAAUCUGUGAGGAAGAGGCCUUAAAUAACGAUGAUGCUCAAAAUAUGCAGCUAGUACCUAUUAAUGAGUCAUCGUCGUGUGCUACACACAACAAAUUAGUUCCAAAAGCAGUGGAAAAGGUGUUGGCUGGAGCUAUCCGCAGAGAGAUGGCGUUGGAAGAGUUUUGUGCAAAACAAACCUCUGAGAUCACGCACCUUAAUCGUUUGGUCCAACAAUACAAACAUGAGAGAGAGUGCAAUGCCAUAAUUGGUCAAACUCGUGAGGAUAAAAUUGCUCGGCUUGAAAGCCUUAUGGAUGGAAUAUUGCCCACUGAGGAGUUCAUGGAGGAGGAAUUCUUGUCAUUAGCUCAUGAACAUAAGAUUCUUCGGGAAAAAUAUGAUAAUCAUCCAGAUGUUUUAAGAACACAAGUUGAGUAUAAAAGAGUUCAAGAUGAAUUGGAACGAUAUCAAAAUUUCUUUGAUUUAGGUGAAAGGGAUGUUUUGAUUGAGGAGAUACAAGACUUGAGAGCUCAACUAAAAUAUUAUCUAGAUUCUACAGCAAAGAUAUCAAAACGAGAAACUGCUCUUAUACAGCUUGCUUCCUGUGAGCCUAAAGUUGCUCUUGAUCCAUCUGCUACUCAUACAACAGAAAGUCCAGAGGAGAGACUUCAGCAGGAGAGAAUCCAAUGGACUGAAGCAGAGAGCAAAUGGAUUUCCCUUGUAGAUGAACUUAGAAUGGAACUUGAAGCCAACCAGUCAAUCUGUCAAAGACAAAAGCAAGAACUUGAAAUGGAAAAGAAGUGUUCAGAAGAGCUAAAAGAGGCAAUGCAGAUGGCAAUGGAAGGCCAUGCACGGAUGCUUGAGCAAUAUGUUGAUCUUGAAGAGAAACACAUCCAAUUACUUGGAAGACAUAGAAGGAUCCAAGACGGAAUCGAGGAUGUCAAGAAAGCAGCAGCAAAGGCAGGGGUAAGAAAUGCUGAAUCAAAAUUCAUCAAUGCUCUAGCAGCUGAAAUUUCAGUGCUUAGAGCGGAAAGAGAAAAGGAGAGGCGACAUUUUAGAGAUGAAAAUAGAGGGCUUCAGGCCCAGUUGAGAGACACAGCAGAAGCUGUUCAAGCGGCUGGGGAAUUACUUGUUCGGCUUAAAGAAGCAGAUGAAGCCAUGGCUGCUGCAGAGAAACGAGCUAUAGUGGCAGAGCUGGAGACUGAGAGUGCCUACAAAGAGAUUGAGAAAUUAAACAAGCUGCUAGUAGCCCCCCACUUGCCUGAAGAAGAUAAGCAUGUCGGCGUCCAAAAUCACGUAGCAGAUGACGAUCGCCACGAAGCAGAUGACGACCAGCAAUGGCGACAGGCAUUCGCCCCAUCCUACGGUGUUGAAGAAGAGCCCCCGUCAUGGUUCUCAGGUUAUGACCGUUGCAACAUAUAAAAACUCAUAAAUUCUUUUGUUUCCAAUAUGACAUUAUGUGGUCCAUUGUUUGUAUGUAACAAACGCAGUUUGCCAGAUAUAUAGAUAUAAAAAUGUUAUUCC